CUCCCAACUCACGACUUUGACUCUUGACUUUCGCGUGUUCAUUGCCCAACGCAGCUCUCUUCGCCUCUCCUUCACCGUUUCGGACUUUGAUCGCCCUCCAAGGUCCAUCUCAUCGCCGCCUGCUCGCCAGUCCGCCACCAUUCCCGGCCGCUGGACGGGUCGUUGAGAUUUCCUCCGAACCCCGGGUCACUCGCCCCCAACUCACUUGAGCGCUCCCUCAUCAGCAUCGAUUCGUAGCUGCUGCACUGUCGGCAAUGUCUCUCCGACUCAAGUUCAAGGGAGACAAGCCCGUAAAGAAACACAAGCACACAAAGACGGAACAGAACACAACUGGUAGUUCGGAAUCGAAGAAAGGCAAGAGGAGGGCCGAAGGAGAGUUGGGAGACGAUGUCUCGGAUGUGGAGGAGGUGGGAGGAGAUGAGCAGACAUGGGUGCCUGUACAGCGCUUGACGGAUCUGAAUGGUCCGGCAUUCUUUUACCAGGCGUUCCCGUCCACCUCCAGCUCGAAUGCUAUCCCACACGUCCUCUCCUACAAUGCGCCCAAUCGACGUAUCGAAGUAACGCCUCUCCGUCCCGAGAAUCUUUCCUUCGCCUCCUUAGCGCACGAUGCACCUGGGCUUGUCGGAGCUAACGAGGAGCUAGAGGGCGCCGAGGUGGUCACGGAUAUGUCUUCAGGGCUGGAAGUCACACCCCGCUCAGUCAGCCAGGUAUGGGUAGCCAGCAGAGUCCUGGACACGCCCUCUUCUGCUCCCGUAUACACGCUCAAAUCUUGCGAGUCGAGGUUCUUGGGCGUGACAGCCUCUGGCAACGCGAGCGCUGAAGCUGAAGCGAGAGGUCCCUUGGAGAUGUGGACUUUGAUCAAGUCCGACCGAGGCAGCGGUGCGUGGCGUCUAAGGUCAGCGCAGGAAGCUUUGCUGGGACUAGACGAGGUGGCAGGCGGCCGAAUUGCUGUUCGAGGAGACGUCAGGGAAGAAGCAGAAGCAGAGGAGUCGCACCACGACGAGUCGCCCGGAUCGGAGUGGCAGAUCAGAGUGCAGUGGAAGUUUAGACAUGAAGCUAGGUUGAGAGAAGCUAGCUCCCUGCCAUUCAAUCUGAGAGAGAAGGCUGCGAAGAGGGUGAAAGCUGCUGAAGGUGACUUGGAUGAAGCCAAGCUUGUCCACUCUCGUCAAGGAUGGGGCCCUGGCAGGGACAAGACAUACACCUCGGGCGAUGCGAGAGCUGACAAGAGGUCUCUGGCUGGAGCGCGCGAUGAAGGGCGGCUGGGCGAGGAGCUGCUGAAUCGAAGGAUGAAAAUGAAAAGUGACAGGUAUUGUUGAGCAUCGCUCUUCCUUCUCAUGUCACCAAGCCUUCCUGUAUCUGGACGACUCGAAAGAUU